AUGGGCCCACCAAACCACCCCUCCACACACACACACACACACACAUGGAUACCAUUCGCCAACUCACCCAAAUCUUCGUCUUUCAAAAACUUGUCGCCCAGGCCACGCGACAGGUUGAGGCCGUACAGCCGCCGGCUGUUCUUGCUCAGCUGGAUGCCCAUGUCAGCGAGGCGCCGCCGCUCCCGCUCGUUGCUCAAGCGGUGGUCCUCCGUCAGCUCCACGACCUCCACCGUCCUGGGGUCGAUCCAGAGCGCGGUUGAGUCGCCCACAUUCCCAGCCUGGGGGGUGGGCAGGUGGCAGUGGUUGGUGGGCGCAGGCACGUGUGGGAGAAGCGCGCAGGCUUCUGGUCAGCAUGCUCGGCCGACCACAGACGGUGAGGGAGGGAGGCACGCGAGGUCAGCAGGGCAUCACCCCCUCCCCCUCCACGAGCCAGUUUGCCUGCCCAUGCCAUGUGGAGCCUCACUGCAAACAAACAACCCCCACUGCCCUCCAGCCACCUGGAGGCAGACGAUGCCCUUGCGCGGCGACCAGGCCAGCACGGCCGUGGCGGUGCACCCCUCCUCGGCCCGGAUCCGUGCGUCGGUGGCCAGGAAGGCGGGACGCAGGGCCGACACAGCGCCACGCUGCUCCAGCAUGUCCGCCUCGCAGGCGGGGAGCCGCACGCCGAUCUCCUCCGGGAGUGCCACCGCCGCGGCCUCUGCCGCGCCGCGCCCGCAGUGCCCAUCGAAGACGCAGAAGAGGGAGACGGAGGCCUCGCCCAGGCGGCCGGGGUCCGGCAGCGGGCACUGCGCACACGCCACGUCCUUUUCCGUAUUGAGGGGGGUGAGGCUGGGUUGCAGAGGAAGUUGCGCAAGCAUGGGACCUGAUGCAGCCCCGCUACGAGGCAAGGCCGCGGCAGGACAGGCCGGGGCUGCCCGGGCUCGCCGCACGACCCCAGAAAGCCACAACUGGUGGCAGUCCUCCCGCGAUGCACGGCGCUGCGGGGCGGGCAUUCUCCCAAGCCUCCUUUCAAGGUAA